AUGGGCCAUCUGCCGAAAGGUGGGAUGUACAACCUGACUGCUGUACAAGCUCAUUUCGCAGUAACUCCUCUUCUCGAAAAGAUCGAAGCGCCCAUACUGUGUAUCGAAGCGUGGCGGGAUUGGCGGAUUUUCAACCUCUUCAAUAUCCGCAGCUCCAUCAUCUUUGAUUGCACUGGACCUAUCGCUCGAAACUUGCAACCAAUAGCACGUCUGAUCGACUACAGGGUCGUUCUCAAUAGAGGGAGGAAUUCACGAUGUUCAAACUACGUACCCGGCCUGAAGGUUAUCGACUGCGAGCAUCGCUUGAUCAGAGAUUUGCCAAAUACCGCGUCAUACGUGACAUUGAGCUACGUCUGGGGUAAGCCAAAAGAUCAAUCUGUUGGUCAAGCUCGCCUAGAGUCACCAGCGCCUGAGCUUCUACCACAAGACCUCCCAGCGACUAUCGAAGACGCCAUCAAAGUCACGCUCGCACUUGGGUACGAUUACCUGUGGGUUGACAGGUACUGCUUGAAUAAAUCUUCAGAGGACUUCCAUGCGCAGCUCAGACAGAUGGGUAAGAUCUACGCUGGGUCGGCCUUGACGAUCAUCGCAGCUGCCGGUUCCGAUGGUUCUUAUGGACUACCGGGCGUCAGUCGGCAACGCGUGGUGAACCGACCCUUUCACUUUGGCCGACGGAUCUUGUGUUCUACUCCCUUGUUUAGUAGAGAAACCCUGGAGAGUACAACAUGGAGCUCAAGAGGCUGGACGUAUCAGGAAGGCCUACUUUCAACCAGGCGUCUUGUUUUCACUGAUACCCAACUCUAUUACGAAUGCCAGGAGAGGUCUCGAAUGGAAGGCUGGUUAGCUCCUGAACACAUGUUCUGGCGGCGUGAUGAAGAGAGCGCCGGUUCUUGGUGUGACUAUUUCAACAAAACUUCGGACCCAGGCCUUUUUCCUACUAUCAACGGGCACGUUAAGAGUGUCCUUCACCGGAUCGAGGCAUUCACAAAGCGAUCGCUUACGUAUGAAGACGACGUACUCAAUGCAUUGCUAGGUAUUUUUGCAAUACUACGGCAAGACAAGGAUAUGCCAGAUAGUAGCAUACAACAUCUUUGGGGAAUGCCGUACUUUGGGUACGAUGUAAACUUUCGGCACGAUAGAACACCACUUACUGUGUCGCUCUCAAGGUUUGUGAACAACUUAAGCUGGGAUGUAGAUAACCCAGUCAGAAGGCGAGUUGGAUUCCCUAGUUGGUCAUGGACUGGAUGGAUUGGUCCAGUAAGAUGGGCAAAGGGACUGAUGUUGGUGGACAACGGCCGAUAUCACAGAAAUCGAUCUACACCUGAUGUCCCAUGCACUGUCAGUUUGGAACACCGGAAUGGAAAUACCAUUGACUGGCGAAUCUACCACGCGAUGUCCUACUUCCACGACACUUGCGAGGACGCACGAAACGCGCAACAACUCACUCGCUUUAUACACAUCAGCGCUUACAUCACUCAGAUCAUGCAAUCGGACGUACCGCAUUGCUACCAGCUUGAGCUUGAUCGCAAGAAACCAAACAACGAUUCUCGACCAGUAUAUGUGUCUAUCAAUCCUACAAGGGGAGAUCAUGUCAACGUCGAUCGAGGAUUGUUCGUGAUGCACUUACCGUGGUAUCUCGAAUAUGGCCACGAUAGCGAGUGCAAUGUCUUAGUGGUUCAGCGUGAAGGUUCACAUUGGGAAAGAGUUGGCAUUGGUAGUACGUCGACAUUGUUGGAAGUGGCACCCGUUGAAAAGACAUGGACGACAAUUCGCCUCGGCUGA